UUAUCAAGGUUCGACACAAUAAGGAUCUUCUGAUCUAGUACUCAAACAAUGCAAUGAAAUCAAGAUAAACUUUUUCAUGACUUAGAUUGGAAUAACCAUUUUCUAUCACUGCGAUUAAUGUGAAGCUUAUGUGAUGGAGAAGCCUAAACCAAAUUCCUAUGCAGAAAGUAAUAACAGGAAAUAUAUGAAUACUGUUCAAAGUCGAAUCGAGUCCUUUGAGAAAAAAAUAUCCUCCACAAAUCCAGUUGCAUCAAGUGCUAGUCGAAAACCGCCAUUCCGGGCGUCUUUGAGCUUAGAUAAUAGCAAACCUUAUGUGGAUAAUACAAAAAAUUGUGGAAGCAGUAGAGACUUUGUGUACUCUCAUUCCCAUGAUGCAACAGUGACCUGGGACCAAACGGAUUUACUGCCCUUGGUGAUGGAACAUGAAGAGGGACCUAUUUCUCCGGGUGGAAGUAGAGCUAAGUGUGUUGUUCGGCUGGAAGGAGCCAAGUACACAAUAGUGGCUAAUCCACCAGACAGAGCAAAAGAUGACUCCAGUGUGGGAGCAAAGAAUGGACAGCUGUCAAGGGCAGGUUCUUUGACAGUUCUGAGAAGAACAAACUCCAAAUCAAAGUUAGCCUCCAGUAGCAGUAGUAGAACGUCUAGUAUUGCAGAAAGCGACUCCUACGCAAGUGUUGACCUGGGCACGGACAAGCUUCCCCCCAUAGACACACCCGAAGCCUCCCAUGUUUGCUCAAUACGCUUACGAAAUAUUUUGAGGAGAAUUCAGAAUGGAGAAGUUCCUAAAGAAGAUUUAUACAAGAAUCUGGAGUACGCAGCCUCAGUGCUCGAAUCGGUCUAUGUGGACGAAACCAGUACAGUUAAAGACACAACCAAAAAUUCCAUUGAACCUCCAACCCCUCAACCUAAGUCUUCCAAAGAGCGACUUACAGACGAAGAUGAUGAACUCAGUGAAGUGGAACCGGACGCAGUUCCUACAGAGGUCAGAGAUUGGUUGGCCUUGACCUUCACAAGGUCAAUGAACAAUGUCCGGAGAAGAGGACAAGAAAAGCCAAAGUUCCGCAGUGUGGCUCACGCCAUUCGUGCAGGAAUCAUGGUGGACAGAAUCUACAGACGUCUGUCCAGCUCCUCUACACUACACAUACCCCCCGCAGUGCUGCAGUUACUGAAGGGCAUGGAUGACUGGUCCUUCGAUGUAUUCGCUCUGAACUCAGCUGCUGAUGGACAUUCGCUGAAAUAUGUGGGAUAUGAACUGUUACAAAAAUAUGACUUGGUGACAAAAUACAAGAUAAAUAGUUCAAUGUUGGACUCCUUCCUUCUACAGUUAGAAGCAGGAUAUAGCAAAUAUAAAAACCCGUAUCAUAACCUAGUGCACGGAGCCGAUGUAACCCAGACUGUACAUAACAUCCUGUCACAAAGCAAGCUAGCGCACUGGCUGACGGACUUGGAAGUGUUCGCCACCAUUGUAGCCGCUCUGAUUCAUGACUUUGAACACACAGGAACAACCAAUAAUUUCCACAUCCAGACAGGGUCCGAAUUUGCGUUGCUGUAUAAUGAUAAAGCUGUUCUAGAGAAUCACCAUAUAUGUGCCUCAUUCCGAAUCAUGAGAUCCGAGGAAUCCAACAUCCUAAACCACCUCAGCCGCGAGGAGUACAGAGAAUUCCGAGCUUUAGUGAUUGAAAUGGUACUAGCCACAGAUAUGUCUUUCCACUUUCAACAGUUAAAGAACAUGAAGAACCUCUUAGGAAUGCCAGAGAACAUUGACAAGCAGAAGGCCCUGUCGCUGGUGCUGCACUGUGCAGACAUCAGUCACCCCGCCAAGGACUGGAGCCUCCACCACCGCUGGACCAACCAGCUGCUAGAGGAGUUCUUCAAGCAGGGUGACCGGGAGCAGGAGCUGGGCCUCCCUAUCUCCCCACUCUGUGACCGUGAGAAAACGCUGGUUGCCGAGUCCCAAAUAGGUUUCAUUGACUUCAUUGUUGACCCUAGUUUUACUGUGAUGACAGAAAUGUUGGAGAAAAUUCUGACUCCCCUACAGAAGGCUGCCCGCAGCGAGGAGGCCAUCUCCGAGGAGGUGUUUGACAAGUCAGACAAAAGUACGAGUACAAAUUCAUUACAUCGAGAGCAUAGUAAGGAGUCACACAAGAAGCCAGGUAAAUAUGUCCUGAGUACUCCAUGGGCGGACUGUUUGGCCAUCAACAAAAAUAAGUGGAAGGAACAGGCUGCAAAAGAUGCUGAGGAAAGAAAACGAAAAGAGGCUGAAGAGAAAUCAAAGGUCCCCAAUAGCAACACUAACAACAAUACAACCAAAGCACCAGUCCCCGCGGAUAAAGCCACGCCUGUGGUCAACUGCAGCACAGGUAAGGGCGGGAACUAAACCCCAGACCAAUCACUGGACAGCACUCCUCCACCAAUGGCAUUCACUCUCAGUAUUGUGUGCAAAUCAUGCAACCAACCAGAAAUUGUUGUUGUACAGCCUCUUAUCUGAUUGGAUCUUUCAACCUUUUUGGCAGCCUACAAUCUUCCAUCUGACCUUUGAACUCUGGUGAUUUUUUUUUAUGAAUUAAAUUAUUUGUAUAUACUGUUAAAUAUGUAUAAAUUAACAAAGAUGUUAUGUGAUAUGUUUCAUAUUUUAUGUAUAUGUAAAGACUGUUAAAUUCAGAAGACUAUAUAUAAGUGAUAACGUGCCAGGACGGCACUCUAUGAUUGAAGUAGUUGCAUUCUUUAUCACCUCAUUUUGUUUAUACAAUAAAACUUGUUUGACUUUCA